AUGUUCUGCCAUCAGCCCAAAACUUUAUUCAGAGAGCUCAGUCGAGAGAUAUUCCGCUUACGCGGUUUCUGGAAGACGUUCUUAUCUCUCAGACACGUGAAAGGAUUCCGGCUUUAUAAGUGCAAUGCGAAAGAAGGGACUCAUGAACGUGUCGACCUUGACAACAACGGUGCUGCAGAUCUGCAAUUGCUCCUGCAUACGUACAAGCAAUGGCGAGUCCCUGAGCACAUCGCACUUGCCUGGGGAGACUGGAUGCACCAGGAACUCAAUAACGACUCGCAUGACGUACUCAACGGGAAGUACUCACUUGAAAUCGUGUUGGGCUGGUCCGUCGCUAGGAUUGCCGUCGUGAUUCUUAUACCAGUGGUGCUCAGCCUCGUCAUCGGACUGUGGUUCAACUCAAAGGACUGGACGGACCUGACCACCAUUCAGACCGCGUGGUCUAUCGCAUCCUACAUUGUGACAGCAGGAGGUUUCGUUGCUGCUUUACUUGGUAUUAUGAGCAGUCUUGCCGAUAAAUAG